AUGAAGAAGAGGCUGAAGAAGACGCUGAAGAAGAGGUUGAAGAAGACGCUGAAGAAGACGCUGAAGAAGACGCUGAAGAAGACGCUGAAGAAGAGGCUGAAGAAGACGCUGAAGAAGAAGCUCCAAAACGACAGCGUCGACCAAAACCACAGCAUCCACCACGAUGGCGUCCUUUCCCAACUCACCCUCUGCUGCGCUAACGGCAGCUGCGCCUUCAUCCCGCACUCGGCGCUCCGCGAGCUCGGCAUCCCCUUCACCGCAGACUGCCUAGCGCCCUACUCCUUCAAGCGCUGGCUACCACUGAUUCUCAGCACGCGCGCACAUGUCCCCGCCACCACCACACUCCAAACCAUAUCCCUCACCCCCGCGCAAGGGCGCCUGCUGGUCCGCGCCGCCAACGGCUCCAUCCACACGGGCCGCACCAACCUCAUGUACGCCGAGGACCUGCACGACGAGAUCGUCGCCCCUUCCCUCGCCAGCCUCGUCUUCCCGCCCGAAGGGCUCUUCGUGCGUCUCGACGCCUGCUCGCCCAAGGACGGCGCCCGCCUCGUGCCCCCCGGCCGCGCGUCCCUGCACACCCCCAACGAGGUGCUGCUGCGGCUGGUGACGUCGGCGCGCGCGCGCAACGCGCUGCUCGCUGCCCUGCCUGCGGAGGAUGAUAGUGAUGGCACCGAUAAUAAUAUCAAUGCAGCUGGCAUCGAGCUGUACUUCCAGCCCUUUGACGCGCGCAUGUGUUCUGCGGACGAGUACCGCGUCUUCUGCCGGCCCGGCGACGGCGCCGUCACGGCCAUUAGCUACGAGGCGCAGGCGCAGGCGCGGGUGAUUGAGCGGAUCACACACGGCGCCCAGGCCCUGCGCUGCCGGAUCCUUGAGAACCUGGACGAGCACGACGCCAUAGACAAGCUGCUGCUGGCGCAGGGCUUCUCGUUCGACGUGCUAUAUGACGAUGCGGCCGAGGCGUGCGAGCUGGUCGAGCUCAACGCCUUCGGCGCCGGCAGCCCCUGCGGGUCGUGUCUCUUCCAGUGGGUUGAGGAUUGGAAUGUCUUGUAUGGCCAUGCGCCGAGCGAGUUCCGGGUGGCCAUGGCCAUGGAACCGUCCGCUGCAGCCCACGAGUCCCUGUCCGUGUCGGUGCCGGCGCCCAGACAGAAGAACUGCAGCACCUGCGUGCAGGGCAAGAGGCGCUGCGACCGGCGCAUGCCCGUCUGCUCGCGCUGCCAGUUGAAGAAAAGCCCCUGCACCUACACAAAGACCAAGACGACAGCUCCUGCCUCUGGGGCUGGUGCUGCACUGGUCGGGGUCGAGCAUGCGGGCGAGCCACACCCCCUCAGCGGCGCCCCCGACUACUCGCCCGCUUCCGCCUUCCUGUUCGCCCCGGCAGCCAUGGCGCUCGACCCCAGCUUCGGCCUCGACCUCGACCCCGACCUCGACCUCGGCCUCGGCCUCGGCCUCGACCAAAACUACAUCGGCGGUGUUCCGCCUAGCGCUUCCACCUCCGUGAUGGAUUUGGUAGACAGCAGCGACAGCAACACGUCCCUAGCCAACCCGGCGCAGUGGCUCGUCUCUGCCGACGAUGCGCUGCUGACUGAGCGCCCCAGCUCGCCGGCCGACGUGGAAGAGAUGACCAUCGCCUUUCGAAAGAUGGGAGGGCUCUGUGACAACAUGCAGCCGUGGCACCUCUACGACGCGCAGACACCACUAUCCUACGUCUUCGGCCGGGCCAGGACGUUCACGACCGACAUGGCAACACGCAACGCGACACCGUUCCUGCACCAGUGCCUGUACCGGUCGCACACGCCGCCCAGCAUCAUGUCGUGCUUCGCGACGACGGUGCUGUACGCGAACCGCACACCAGCCACGACGCCCAUGGUGAUGCGCGCGCUGCACGGCAGCGCGCUCGAGCUCGUCAACGCCGAGACGGGCCGCGCCAACGGCAACGCCGCGACGCCGCUCGAGAAGCUCGCGCGCGCCCAGGCCCUGUUCCACUACCAGAUCAUCCGCCUGCUCGACGGCGACGUGUCGCUGCGCGCCCAGGGCGAGAAGGACAUGCCGCUGCUCAUGGCCUGGCUCGCCGACCUGUGCAGGCUGCGCGACAACCUGUCCGACGCCGCCCAGCUCGGCCACGGACAUGUGCGUGCUCUGCCGCCAAAGAACUGGGAGAACUGGAUCUUUGCCGAGUCCGUGCGCAGGACCAUCCUCAUGGCGUACUCGGUCAUGUCCAUGUUCGAGCUGAUGAAGGACCCGGCGGGCGCGGCCGAGCAGGGGCCCGGGCCGUGGGCGUUCGUGCACCGCUGGACGCUGGCGCGCGGGCUGUGGGACGCCAGCGGGCCGUUCGAGUUUGAGCGCCUGUGGCGCGAGACGCCGCACUUUGUCAUGGCCAACUACUCGUUCGACCGCUUCCUCGAGCACGGCCGCGGCGACGACAUCGACGAGUUCGCCGAGAUCCUUCUGUGCGCCUACAUGGGCGUCGACGCCACCAGGGAGUUCAUGUCUUGCUCGCUGCAGCAGGCCUAG